AUGGCAGCAGUCUUGGGAAAAUACGCUGCGAAGAAGCUGCUGGGCAAGCAGAUGGAGAAGUACAAGAGCAAAGAGCCUGUGGGCAGAACCGAUCCCUACUUCGUCUACGUCGAAGACCCCAAGCGGAAGGGCAAGAUGAAGAAGAUGAAGAAGCAAGUCCCGGACUACAUACCCGAGCACGACGCCGUGAUCCUCGCGAAGAUGCGCCAACGGUCCUACGCCCUCGACUGCUGUCUCUUCAGUUUAUUCGGCACACGCUUCGGCUGGUCUAGCGUCAUCGGGCUUGUACCCGCCGCCGGCGAUGCCAUCGACUUCGCUCUAGCGGUCGCCCUGGUAUACCGCUGCAGCAGAGUCGAGUGCGGGCUGGGAGGAUGGACCAUCACCAUGAUGAUACUGAACGUCGUCGCCGAUUUCCUUGUCGGCCUCAUCCCGUUCGUCGGUGAUCUGGUGGAUGCAGCGUUCAAGGCCAAUACCAGGAACGUUCUGCUGCUUGAGAAGAGGCUGGACGAGGCAUACAACCCCCACCACAAGAGGAACAAGGACGCGGACAAGAAAGAUAAACCACUGCCGGCCACCGUGCUAGAGUCAUUCAGCGACGAUGAAGACGAACGGCUGCCGCAGUACAGAAACGAUGGGUCUUCUGAGCCACGGAGACCUGAGCCGGCUAGGCAACCGGUUGGUACGAAAGGAGGCGCCGCUUCUGCGGGUAGAUACCAAGCCGAUCUAGAAGCUGGUCGCGGUGGUACUGGAAGGAGUGGCAGGCGUUAG